UGUGUGAUUCGUGCAUGACCGCAUGUCGAGUUCCCGAUUUGUUUACGUAGUACGUACUAAGUUAGUAGUGUUGGAACGCUGUUUUAAUUAAGGCAUGUCAUUAACUGUUCUUAAGUGUCAACACGCAUAAUGGGGAGGAAAAUUCCAGGGAAGAAACACAAAGGAGUGAAAGAUCCACUGCAGCAGUUAGCCAAACGCAAUCAGAGUCUUUCAGCAAAAGUCAAUGCACCACCAACCCAACCAGAUGAUCAGACUGUUCCAAAAAGUUUAAUACGUCUUAUGAAGUUAAAAGAUGAUGUUAAACAAGGAAAAUUCAAGCACAAGAAGAAGAGGAAGAAGCGGAAAGGUGGGGAGUGGCUUAUAGACACCGAAGUCCUUGCUGAAAAGGACCAUAAAGUACCUGGUAUGACGCGGCCUGACAAACCUGUGCCACAUCUGAUUCAGAGACCUGGUGAAUCAGAGUUCCACUUCUUACGUCGAAUAGAGCAAGCUUGUCAUGAAGUAAUAAAAGAAUCCCAGUUUGAGGAUAAAUUUGGAGUAAAUGUUAUAAGAGAUACAGAUACAGGUGAAGUGGUUAAUGUUGUGAAGAAACCGAAGGAUCCUGUUCUUGAGUUUGAUUCAGCAAAGAAAAAGAAGAAAAACAAUGAUAGUGCAAAUGCCACCGACAGUUUGUCGAAAACAGCUAGGAGGCGUCAAAAGAAACUGGAGAGGAAACAAUUGAAUAACAGUGAUAUGGAAAGAGAUUUUGACAUGUUUAAGGACAAUGUGAAGUUUGGAGAGGUUGUCAGUGAACCUCCACAGUUGAAAGCACCAAAGGGAAUCAAAAGCAAUCCACUGGAAUCAAAGGCUGGAAGAAAGGAUCUAUUAUUGAAGACUUUUCUGGAGAACAAGUAUGCUACAACAACAACAUCAUCAUUAUCAUCAUUGUCGUCAGCUAAGCUGGAUUUGACUGUGAAAAGGAAAAAACUUCCUGCUGCAGAACUUCGCCAACUUGAGCUUCAAAGGCAGGCAGCUGUUAAUGCCUACAGGUUUGUCAGAUCAAAGAAUCUGGAUAGACGGCCUCUGGCACUGUUAGAAAAAUGAAGUAUACCAAAAUAUUUUUAUAUUGACAAUAAAUUAUACUUUUUACUUAAAA